AUGAGCGCGUAUGCGGCGAGCCUUCAAAAGCUCAUCGUCGCGUUAAUUCUCAUUUAUGCGAUAAGAGGUAACGAACCUCGCAUUCGAUUGCGACGAGAAAUUGGUGGAUCGCAAAGUUUGCUAACCGUUGAAUGGGAGGGUAUUCAAACCGGUGAUCAUCCGGAUGAUAGUGUUGGAGGAUUUGCAGUAGAAUAUCGUGCCGAAAAAGACACACAAUGGCAUGUUCAUGAUGGUAUAAUUCCUUAUAAAGGACCUAAUUUACAGUAUAGAGUACAGAUUCCUCGUCUACCAACUGGUAUAGCUUACUUUGUACGUAUCAAAGUAUUAGGUAAAAAUGGUAAAAUUCUGGUUGAGACGCCAGAAAUACGCGCCCGUAAUGAAAUGGUUAGCAUUAAAUGUGAAUCAGAUGAAUUGACAGCUCCACGAAAUCUCGAGGUGACACAAACAGGUCAAUACAGUAUUGCAAUAGCAUGGGAACCUCCAGAAUGUGGCUCUGUUGGCGAAUAUCACAUUGAGCUAGCUGGUAUUGAGAUGAAAUUUGACGUUCAUCGCCAAACAGUAACGCAUCCGUCAGUUAGUGUUACCAGUCUUUUACCCGGAACGGAAUAUCAAGUUCGGGUUCGAGCCGCUGAUCGUUUACGCAUGUUGGGUCCAUGGAAUGAUUAUUUACUUGUAGCAAAAACUGAAGGAGAAGCUCCGAAUGAAUCAGAUGAAAUAGAAAUCGAUUAUCGAACAGAUUCAGAAUUACGCAUUAGUUGGCAACCAUAUGACGAUGAAAGAUUACAACACUAUGAGGUAACAGCGGUUGAAGUGGAUGGUGAAAGUCAAGCGGUUGAACGAGCACGUGUAAGUCCCCUGGCUAGUAGUCAUAUUUUUGUUAGGUUAAAACCGGAUACCCAAUAUGAUAUAGGUGUAGUAGCAUUUGUGGAUCAUGAACCUAAACUAGUUUACAAACUACCUGCUAAAACGGUAGCUGAUCCGGGUGUAGCAUGGAAAGAAAAACCAAUGGUUACGCAAGAAAACGCACAACAAUUUGCGGUACAAUGGAAGAAACCAUCACUACCUGAUCAAAUUAUUUCCAAAUUUAUCGUUGAAUAUCGUCUACCAAAUGAAACUGAAUGGCGCAAAUAUGAUGACUUAAUGAUAGAGGAAGAGACAGAUGAUUAUCAUAUUCAAUUUGAUGGAAUGUAUGAUGGUUCAUUGUAUUCAUUUCGUAUUUUAGCAGUGGAUGAUCAACUUAAAGUAGCUGCUAAAACAACUGAGAUUACGGUUGGAUCAGCAGCGUCUAGCUCCUGCGUUGGUGACGCUGGUAUCCCGCAAAACGUACGUACCAGCGCCGUAUCUGAAGCAACUCUUCAGUUUACGUGGGAGAAGCCACGUUGUGAUGAAACAUUUGGACCAAUUGAUGGUUAUGAAUAUACGUUUUGGAGUAUAGAAACAGAUAUGCAACCUGAAACCGCAUCAUAUGUUGGACGGAAUACCGUAGAAUUGGAUGACUUAAAACCGGCUACACGUUAUGCAUUCCGAGUUCGUUCACGUGCUGGACACGGACAUAGUUCAUGGAGUGAGAUUGUGAAUGCUGAAACAGAAGCACAUUCAGGAUCAAAAGUAUCCACCAGUAAUGGCAAUUCUCGUCGAUAUCACUAUCAAUCACAAUUAACCACAAAUAACCCAUUAUCAUUUCAUUCAAUGUUACACGAAGUACCAACAUUUGCACUUCUUCGACGUUUUAAACGGCAACAAAAAAAUCAAAUUACAGAUGAUCAUAAUAUCUAUCAACUUCGUAUCAUUUUGGCACCACCAAAAUCAUACCUAGCUUGGACACCAUUACCUGAACAUUCUGAAGAAAUUGUUAAAUUCAAAUUAUCAUAUAAAAAGAGUGCUAGUGAUCAAUGGACACGUAUCAUCGAAAUACCGGAAUAUUUCAAAUGUCCAGAAGGAAUUGCUGAUCCGGAAGAUUAUUGCUAUGAUUUAGCCAAACUUUCAUUCGGUAUACAAUACACUGCUGAUUUAAUAUAUGAAUUAGAAAAUGGUGAAUGGACAGCACAUGGCAGCCCAUUAUUCUUCAUCCUUGUUGAAGCUGGGGAGCCAUCUGUGCCGACAUCACCGCACAAUCUUCAGAUCAAUCCUCAUGAUGCAUCAAGUAUUGAGCUUCAUUGGUUACCACCCCUAAACUCGAAGCAUAUUCCUUUUUAUCAGAUUGAAAUAGAAGAUCUGCAUACAAGGAAAGUACGAACUGAACAGGUACCAGGGUCAUUUUUUUCCUCUAUCCUUAGUCAACUAUCACCAUAUUCCAUUUACAAUGUUUCUGUUCGUGCUGGAACCGAUUUUGGUGAAUUAGGUGCACCUAUAUUCAAGGUUAUUUCUUUACAAGGUAACAAGGAUGACAAAUUGUCACAUCAUUUAUCGGAUGAAGAAGACAGAUUGAAACAACAACAAAUUGAACAGCAAAAACAAAUAAAAAUGAAAGAAGAAAGUGAAAGGAAUAAAUUUGAGAGAGAACAAAUAGAGGAGGAAGAACGGAAACGGAACAGAAUAAAAGAAUGUGAGCGUAAAAGAUUGCAAAUGGAAUAUGACAGGUUGAAUAGGGAACGUGAGCGUAAUCGAGUCACGUAUAAGCAUGAACGUCCACGUGAACAUUUAAAAUAUGAACAUAUCGAUCGAGCAACGGAGCAACAACAGGAAUAUGAGCAACAGAAACAGCAACAGUACUAUGAACGUCAACAACAGCUCGAACGUGAACGUAUGGAAUUAUAUCAGCGGCAACAAUGGGAAAGAGAACGUGAACAAUGGGAAAAGGAACGUGAACGUAAUCAUCGAUUGAUUCAUCAACGACAAGAGCAUGACACGGAACAAAGGCGGAACUCAGUAGCAGAAGAAGAAAAUAUCGAAGGGGAAGAGAAAGAACGUUUAGAACUGGAACAACAACAACAACUGGAUCAUAUUCAGGUGUUACCGGAAACAAAUAACAGACGAGGUGACAUACAAAAACCACUUCUUGGUAUUGAUAAACCACGUAUCGAGCAACGUGGAUCACGUAUUCUGCUAUACUGGACCGUCGGCGGUGAUACGUCAAAUGUGGUAGCAUAUCAGAUUGAUCUUCGUUCAGAUUCAGAUAAUGAAUGGAAAACUAUUGAUGGUUACCUUUCUCAUUCACCGUCAGAAAUUCAUUUUCGACAGGAAUUAAUUAAUUUAGAAACUAAUAAACAUUAUUACGUUAAAGUGUCAGCUAUUGAUCAAUCACGACGCAUUCUUGCGACAUCAGAAGCGACAAGUUUUACUGUUCAUUGCCAAGUGCCUAAUAGCUCACCUCAAGAUUUACGAUUGGAAAAUGUAGCAGAAGGAAUUCAACUUACCUGGAAUUGGUCAGAUGAAGAGAAUCAUGAAUGUGAAUCAUAUUUUCUAAUAACAGGAUACCAAAAUGGUGUACCAUUUUCGGAACGAGUUACGGGUAGGCAGCGUCAAUUUACUUUCCGCAAUACAAACGCUAACGAAUGGCAUGUGGAAAUGCGUGCUGGAAAUCGUGCCGGAACUGGACCCAGUAGUGGUCCUGUAAAUUUGCAGAGUAAUUCAAAAGUAUCCAAAGGUCUUCGUGUUCUACGUAGCAUCUGUGAUCCACGUGUAGAUUUCUGGUGUCGUUCACCGGAUGAAACUUACGAAGUUGCUAUAUCUCGUCAUCCUAAUGAAGAGCUUAUUUCGGAUCUACGGGUAUUAGCACAUGAUGGUGAUUUAUCUGUUGAAUGGAAUGGUGUAAGAACCAGCCAUGGUAUUUUUGGGUAUCGUAUACAGUAUCGAACAGAUAAUACCGGUUGGACAUCUUAUGGUCAAAUUGUACCAUAUGUGGGUGAUAAUAAACGUUAUAUGCAACAACUAACAGGUUUACAGCAAGGUAGCAUGUAUUAUAUACAUAUUCAAGUACUUGAUAGAAAUUCUUAUGUUAUGUAUACUAGUCCGGAAGUAUCAGCAAGAACUGUUUGUUCCGCACCAACGCAUCCUCCAUCACAUCUACAACUUCACGCUGCUGACCCACGUCAUAUCCGAGUUAAUUGGGCGCAACCACCUCAAAGCACCUGGCAAUGUAAUGAUAUACAGGUGGAACUUGAGAUAACAGAACCGCAAGGUAUUGCACCGGUGCUUCUGAACGGAUAUCAGACGUCUCACGUGUUUGAUUCGGAUGCAAAUCAGCAAUGGUCUGUUCGAAUCCGUACAAAAAAUUCAGCUGGCACAUCAGCGUGGUCACAAAUUGCUUCUGUUCGAACGCCACCUACCGGUGAGCUAAUCAUUGGACCAUCAGUAAGCUAUCGACACGGAAUUCCGGUGCUUACGUGGACAAGCAAAGACCGAUUAGAUGAUCUCAUCCAAACCUAUCAAAUUGAAUACCGAACUUCGGUUGAUUCAACCUGGCAAAGGCUACCUGAGCAGGUGCCAUACACAGGUUGGCAACGACCUUACAGUGUCGAUCUCAGUGAGCUACCUACUGGUCAUAACUAUCAAAUUCGAAUUCAUGCAAUUGAUGCUAAUAAUGGUAUUGCUUAUACCUCAUCAGCAGUUAAUGUGCAAACUCAGAUGAAAUGUUCGGUACCACGUCGUGCACCACUCGAUCUACAAGCUACCUCACUUGGACCUACACAAAUUCGUGUAUCCUGGAAGGAAUUACAUGAGUCAGAGUGGAACUGCAAUCGAUUGUGGUAUGUGGUUAAAUAUAGCACUCCACAUAAUCAAGGUUUCAAAAAUUUAACACGUGGUGAAAAUCAUGUAAUUUUUGAUUCGGAACCAUAUACACGAUGGACUUUUGAAGUACAAGCUGCUAAUCCGGCAGGUGAAACGCAUUGGUCACGUCCGGUUACUGUACAAACUGAAGGAACCGCACCUGGACCAAUUUCUGAUUUACGAAUUUAUCCACAAUCAUCGGAUACACUUCAACUUUCCUGGAGACAACCUCAAAAUCCCUAUGGGCAAAUUACAGGUUAUGAAGUGACCUAUCAGUUGUUAUCAAAAGGUAUGUGUGACCAAGUGACAGAACGACCAAUAACAGUGACAAGUGAUAAGCCUUCAUUUACCCUUCAAGGUCUGCUGCCACAUUCGAAAUAUCGUAUUUCUGUUGCUGCAAAAACAAAUAUUGCUGGGAAACCUGUAAGUCAGGAAGUGCAAACUCACGAAGCUACACCUAGUGGUGCCCCAGUGUAUAUUCGUAUAAUAAAUGUACUACCUACUGAAGUAGCUGUGAUUUGGCAAGCACCUGCAUGUUUGCAAACAAAUGGUGAAAUAACAGAAUAUGAAUUUGAAGCAACACCUUUGGAACGGCUUGAUUAUGGAGCUGAUAGUACAGUUAGACAGGUUGUCAGAGGUACCAGAACCAAAAUCACUGGUCUUUCCCCAUACACAAAAUAUUUGGUACGGAUACGAGCAUUUACACGAAAAGGACCAGGACCAUGGUCGGAACCGGUUCAGUUUCAGACUGCUGCUGCACCUGAAAUUCCAGCACCACCGAUGGUUCGAAUUUUAAAUACUGGAGCGGAUAAUGCAGAUUUGAUUUGGCAAGAACCCUAUCCAUCAUCCGGUUUAAUCGACAAAUAUAAAUGUAAAUAUGCAGUAGCAGGUACCAAGCAAUAUCAAGAACGACAAUUUCCCUCAUAUAAUCCAUGUGGUGAAGAAGUGAUUCGUAUGCAGCAAUUGUCACCAUUGUCACCAACACCAAGCGGAGCAAAAUUACACUGUGGUAGAAUUGAUGGUCUACAGCCCGAAAAGCAAUAUACUUUUAUGGUAUCAGCUGGUGAUCGCAGUGGUACCUGGUCACCGUGGAGUGAGCCUCAAGUUGGUCAUAUUAGUGAAGGACCUGUUCAGGUUAUUUCACUGAAUAAAUUAGGUGGAGGAACGAAUAGUGUCUUAAUUGCAUGGAAUGUUCGUCCCACUGAUGCAGCUCGUGUUGUUGGCUAUCGAAUUCAUGUGACACCGGUGCUACAGCAUGGUGCUAAACCGAUAUCAUUUACGGUAGAUCGAUCAACACUGCAGUACAAUAUCGAUAAUUUAUCACCUAACACACGUUAUAAUAUAACUGUAGACGCAACUACCGAUGGUAUUCAUUAUCAUCCUGGUACAGCGAUUGAGGUACGUACCGAUUCAGUACCAGUGGACAGUUUAAUGGUUACUCCACGAGUAAUUGAAGAACAAGCAACCUCAGUAACUUUGGAAUGGAAUGCACCAGGUGGUAAUAUAAGCGGAUUCGUGAUCGAAUAUUGUCUUGGUGAUGGUGUAUGGCAGCAAUACAGUCGACGAAUUCCGGCAUAUCCUGGACGUCGUGUCUACACCGCUCAGGUUGAUCAGCUUCCAACAAACAGCGUAGUGGAUCUUCGCGUACGUGUCGUAUCACCUCAAAAUGAACAAUCUGCUCCAAGUCCAGAAGUUCGAGCUCGUACUCGAUGUUCAGCACCACCUGCACCACCACAGGCUAUUCGUCUGGAUGCACCAUCCACCAAUGAAGUUCGGGUUUCAUGGGCUCAACCGGCCAAAGAUACAUGGCAAUGUGAUCAACUAAACUAUGAUCUUGCUUAUCGGGUAGGUGGACAAGCAGAACGUGUUGUACCAGUGCCAGGAGACAGAACCGACUAUACUUUUCCUUCAGAAGCCAAUACUCGCUGGGCUGUUAAAUUAAGGUGCACCAAUCAGGUAGGAUCAAGUCCAUGGAGUUCAGAACAAGUAAUAACUACUCGGCAAGGAAUCCCAGGUCCGGUUCGAGAUUUACGUUUGCGUGCUAAAAGUCCUAAUGAAGUACAUGUGCAAUGGCUUGCACCAUUGGUACAACGUGGUUCUAUUGUUGGCUACGAUAUUAGUUAUCGGUUGAAACAUCGAUUAGCUUGUCCGGAUGAGGAGCCACGUGACGUCAGUCGUGAUUUUGUGACUGUCUAUAAUCAUAAAGAUUUGGAAUAUACAUUGACUGGAUUGCUACCUUUUUCUUUAUACGAAGUACGAGUACGUGCACGUACCACGGAAUUAGGGCCAGAAGAAUCAAAAGAUAUUGCAACAGAACAACAACCACCAAGUGCACCACCAUUAAAUUUACAACUAAGUUAUGCUCUGGAACGUUCUAUCAGUUUUCAAUGGGAGGAAAUAGAAUGUUCACAACGUCAUGGACAUAUUGUCAACUAUGAAUAUGAGAUAUUGGGACAAGAUGAUUGGGCAAAAUUAGAACGUCAAAUUGCGAAUACAACCAAUACUAAAAUAAAUAUUGAAGGUUUGACACCAUUCACCAAGUAUAUUAUGCGUGUGAAAGCUUACAAUAGUAUUGGUGGUGGUCCAAAUACCGAGAAUUUGGAUGCAAUGACGGCAAAAGCGGACGCACCAUUACCACCACAGGAUUUAGUAGUAGCUCAAGAAGGUACUGAUUACUUCAUGAUUUCCUGGCUACCACCUUAUCCACCAUAUGGACCACAUGAUAAAUAUAAAAUUCGAUAUCAAGUACUGAAUGAAACUCGUUGGAUGGAAAUUGAAAAAGAUACCAAAGAUCGAUUAUUGAAAUGUCCAGCUGAAAGUCCUCGACAUUGUUUCAAUGUUACAAAUUUGGAAAGUGGACGUCAAUUUCGAGUUCAAGUUGCAGCUCAUAUUGUUGGUGGUUCGUAUGGUCCGUGGAGUACGGUGACUAUUGCGAACACGUUACAAACUUUACCUGAUGCUCCACGUGCUAUAGAGUUAAUCAAGAAAACUGAUCAUUUACUUCACAUUCGUUGGAUACCACCGCCCGAUCCUUUGGGACAAAUAACACAGUAUAAAGUUGGAAUUGUUUCGUUAGAUGAUCCGCACGAUCAAUUAAAAACAUUUCUUAUAGAUCAUCCAACAUUGCAACAUCUUUUGAAUAAUCUUCAACCUGAAACUUCCUAUAAUAUCAGUAUUUCCGCCGGUACCAAACGUGGGUUUGGUCCACUUUCUUGGACACGUUAUUCCACGGAUCCAUUCAAGGUACCACCAAUAGCAAAUGCACCACAAGUUACAGCAGAUGGAGCUGAUGCAUUGAAUGUUCAAUGGAGUGGUAUUUUGGAUACGAAGAAUCAAGUCCAUGGAUAUAUCAUAGAAUUUCGUUCCAGUGAUAAUCCAACAUUUACGGAAUACGAUGGUAUCAUUGAACAUGACGCAAACCGGCGUAAUUACCAACAGCGUUUAUCCUUACUGGAUGCUGAUACAUUAUAUUUCGUUCGUAUCAAAGUUGUUGAUCAGAAGCAACGCGUUAGUGAAGCAAGUCCGGAAGGAAGUGCACGAACCGGUUGUGCAUUACCUCUUGCACCACCAUCAAAUGUAAAUGCUUCUGCACCAUCGCCUUAUCAGGUGCGUAUCAGCUGGCAACCACCUAGUCAAUCCUCAUGGCAAUGCUCAAAUAUCAAAUAUAGACUGGAAUACACCAAUGGUUCAUCAUCCCCCGAGGAAAUUGAUGUACCCAGCGGUAUAACUGAUCGAGUGCUGGACGCUUCACCAAACACAUUGUGGCGAUUGCGGGUUCGGGUUGAAAAUGAAGCUGGUGCUUCAGAUUGGAGCAAGGAAGUGACCAUUACAACCGCUGAAGGUGCACCAAGUACAGUAGAAGAUCUUGAUGCUCGUCCAUAUGGACCGGAAGCUGCAUCAAUAAUGUGGCGACCACCUGCACAACCUAAUGGACAAAUUACCGGUUAUACCUUAGUAUAUAAGCUUAAAUCCCGCGGUGAAUGUGGUCCACGUUCUUCACAACCAAUUACUCGAAAUACUAAGGAAGAAGAAAUUACAUUGGAAGGAUUAUUACCUGAUUCCACUUAUGAAAUACACGUAACAGCACAUACCUCUGAGCCUGGACCUCAAUCAAAUAUUAUCACUGUUACAACUGAUGAAGCUCCUCCUACCGGAGCUCCGUUAAAUCCACGUGUAAGUUCGAUAACGCAAACACGAAGCGAUUUCCUGUGGAACGAACCGGAUUGCGAGCUCCGUAACGGCAAAAUAACAGGUUAUGAAUGGCAACUAGAAAGCCUGGAUCCAUGGAGUGAAAGUAAAACUGGUCAAAGUACCACACAACGAAUAUCCUUCGAUGAUUUGAUACCAUAUACUCAAUAUCGUUUGCGAGUUUUAGCGGAGAAUUCAGCUGGACAGGGACCGUGGUCAGAAUGGGUUUCAUUUAGGACGCAACCUGCCGCACCACCGGCACCAACAGAUUUAACCGAGGAGCAAUCAUUCCCACAUGCCAUCGAGAUUUCAUUCCUGCCACCAUCACCGCCUCAUGGUGUUAUUAAUGAAUAUCGAAUAAGACAUACACCAUCUGGCCAAAUGAAUUACAAAGAAGUUCGUGUGCUUGCAAAUCGAUUGCAAUGCUCGGAUAUAUCGAAACGUGAUCGGUUAUGUUAUCGAGUGAUAGAUUUGGAACCGGAACAGGAGUAUGAAAUUCAGGCAUCAGCCCAUACUGAAGGUGGUGCUUGGAGUGAUUGGAGUGAACCGUUAGGUGCUCAAACACAUGAACAAAAUAUACCGGUAUUAGAACGUGAGCUAGAAGUAGUGGACAGCAAACCAAAUAGUAUAACAUUACGAUGGCAAGGAUUGGAUGCCGAUCAGUCAAAACAUGUUGUUGGCUACAUUCUGGAAUAUAAAUCGGAAGAUGAUGAUUGGAAGGAAUAUGAUGGUAUCACAAAACAUCGUAGUCGCCAGAAUGAUUAUCGUAUUCAGGUUAAAGAUUUGGAACCUUCAACGGAGUAUUUCUUCCGGUUGAAAGUUGUUGGUAAAAAUGACAAACGUGGUUCUUCAGGACCCGAAUUAAGAGCGAUGACAAAAUGCGGACGACCCGAAGAACCGCCAACUGAUCUACAAUUAACAUCUGAUUUCGAAAAUGUUAAACUCACCUGGACGAGUCCGGACAAAGACUCUUGGGCAUGUGACAAUGUUGAAUACGUAAUUGAUUUCGUCAACACCACGUCACGUGGUAUAAUGACAGUGCCAGCGGAUGCACCACCUAAACUCUUGUUGCCAUCACUUCCUGGUACCAAAUGGGAGAUUCGAAUGCGUACACAGACGAUUGAGGAAGGUCAGAAACCAUCGUACAGUCCAUGGAGCGAUCGUGCAACCUUGGUCACUCAAGCUCUUCCCGGAGAACUAUUCCUUACAGUUGAACCAAAGACACCUACUUCAGCAAUGGUUAUUUGGGAUCUAGCUGACCAGGACCGGAAAUGGAACUACGGCGUAGAUAUUACUUAUCGCCUGAAACAAUUAGGUGGUUGCAUCGAAUCACGGAGUGGUAGUCAUGAACCAGUGACAAACUACAAUGUACAGGAUAAACAAAUUUUGCUUCAUGAUCUGACACCUGGUUCAGAGUAUGAAGUGGUUGUUACUCCUCGACGUCCACCAACGUUACGACCAUCUAUCGCAACGCCAAAAACAAUACGUCGUUUCAGGACUAAGGCUACCUUUCCAUCUGGUCCGCCACGUAAUUUGCGUGGUGAAGGUCGUCGUGAUACUGAAAUUUUCUUCAAAUGGGAACCACCGGUGUGUGAGGAACAAAAUGGCAAAAUAACACAAUAUGAAUAUGAGGUAACAGGUGCUGAGGAAUGGAAUGAUAUGAAACGUGAAGGUGUAACACCACGUACCAAUGCUGCAGUGGAUCAGAUGAGCCCUGGCUCCACGUAUAAUAUACGUGUGCGAGCAUAUACCAGUGAAGGACCAGGGCCAUGGUCAGAACCAAUUCAGAUUACCACUACAGGUACCGAACUGGGACCACCUCGAGAGCUUACUGCAGUGCAUACAAAACCUAAAAUUAUUCAACUAACUUGGCUUCCACCGUAUCCAGAACGAGCACCAGUAGUUGUUUAUAAAAUUAGGUACAGCCCGCGUGCCGAUGAUUCUAAUCCAGUGGAGAUGGAACUUUCCGGUGAUCAGUUGAGCUGUACUGGAUACAAAAGUCCUCUUAUUACUAAUGAUAAUAUAUGUGCAACAAUAAAGUCACUCCAACCGGACACUACCUACCGGUUUGCUGUUCAGGCUCAAUCACCCACUGGUAGUUGGGGUGAAUGGUCACCAGCAUAUUUUGCAACCACACGUUCCACUGAAGAUGGUCCAAUACCUGGAAAAUUACGAUUGGUAUCUGCAGGACACGAUAACCUUCGUGUGAACUGGACAGCACCGCCAGCUGUUAAAAAUGUUGUGGAUCAAUAUUUGGUUAGCAUAUCAUUAGCAAGUUCUUUCGAUAAACAUCCAAAACAGUUUACUGUACGUGGUGAACAAAAUGAUUAUCAUUUUCGUGGUUUAGAACCAGCAACACAUUAUAAUAUUACAAUACAAGGCUUAUCAGAAAGCAAACGAAUGUGGUUCAUAACGGAAGUUUUUUCAACUACCGAUUAUGGAACUGGUUUACUUUCCUGGUUACCACCGCCAACAGAUUUGAAAUUGCUAGAAAAAUCAGAUCGGUUUUUGCAUGUAGCAUGGAGUCCACCAGAAAUUUUUGAUCCAGCUUAUAAAGAUUUGAUUACUCAUUACUUGGUAACAAUAGCACCAUUUGAUUCAUACACUGGUAGAACUGGCCGACCACGUAACUACUCGGUACCAUAUCCUGGUACAUCGAUCAAGUUUGAUAAUUUAUCACCGAAAACAAUUUACAAUAUUACGGUACAGGCUGGUACUAAUAGCGGUUAUGGUGAAAUAUUAUGGGGUACCUAUAGUACCCUUGCACCAGGAGAAAAUCAUGUAUUACGAUUACUGGAUCGUACGCCGACAUCAUUGACCGUUGAAUGGGAAUCAUCAUUCCUCGGUGACAGAGGAUAUAUCCUUUCAUGGAAAAGUUUACAUUCUGCUUUCAAACAUGUUCACAUCAAUGCAAUCCGUUCAGCUGAAAUACCUGCUGGUACCACUCAAUAUACAAUCGAAAAUCUAGAACCUUCAACAGUUUACAAUGUUACUUUGAAAGCACGACCAAGUGGUAAAAUAGCAUCAGGUGCGUAUGCUACUUUACCACCAGGAUGGUUCAUGGAACAUGACGUUAUCUGGACAGAAGAAAAUGAAGCCAAAGCUGUAGAUCUACUUUGUCCCAAAGAUGGUUGUAAUCGACAUUGUUAUCUGGUGUUCAAUCUUAUUCACAAUCCAAAUGAAUAUGUUUUCCAAGUACGAGCUAAGGUGAACAACCAAUGGAAUCGAUGGAGAACAGCUGGGAAACCAAGCUUUCUUGAGAAAUCGGGACAGAAAAAAGGAUGUUGCAUCGUACCACCACCAUAUAUGGUUGAAAAUAUUGGUUUAGCUGGAACAUUUUGGGAAGUGGAUAUUUCACCGGUUCAAUCACAACCACAAAAUGUUUCGCGUUACUAUGUUGUGGUUGAUGAACGUGAACCAGCAGGUAGCACUAAUUGGACUGAACUAACUGAUAAGAUUACGGCAAAUAAAAUGAAGAUACCUUACUAUGUAGCAGCAUCUUUCAAUGCUGAUACAUUACCUGGACCACGAAAAGUUCGUAUUGGUGAUGGUUCCGUAAUUGGUGGCUACCUUAAUUAUCCACUGAUUAAGGGUAAAAAAUAUAAUUAUGAAAUUUACUCAGUCUGGGAGCUCAAUGGUAAACCAGCUGCUGUAGCACGUCAACGAGGUUUGUUUCUAAGUGAGUAA